AUGGCCGCAGUCGGGGAGUGCUCGCUGCCCGCGCCGUGGCGGCCGGUCUCCCUCACUCACGUCGAGUAUCCCGCAGGUGAUUUCUCUGGCCAGCUUUUAGCUUAUUUGAGUCUUGGUCCAAUAUUCAUUAUUGUUGGCUUUGUAACACUCAUCAUAUUCAAGAGAGAGCUUCACACGAUCUCUUUCUUGGGAGGGCUGGUGUUCAACGAGGGAGUGAACUGGUUAAUAAAAAACGUAAUCCGGGAGCCUCGGCCAUGUGAAGAAGCCCAUUCAACAGUGACCACAAAAUAUGGGAUGCCAUCCAGCCACUCCCAAUUCAUGUGGUUUUUCUCUGUCUAUUCCUUUCUGUUCCUUUAUUUAAGAAUGCAUCAAACAAACAAUGCGAGGUUUCUGGAUUUACUAUGGCGACAUGUGCUGUCCAUCUGCCUCGUCACAGUGGCUUUGCUAGUCUCAUAUAGUAGGGUUUAUUUGCUUUACCACACCUGGAGCCAAGUCCUAUAUGGAGGUGUGGCAGGAAGCAUCAUGGCCAUAGCCUGGUUUGCCUUCACACAGGAGAUCCUAACUCCCCUCUUCCCGAGGAUAGCUGCAUGGCCAAUUUCAGAGUUCUUUUUAAUCCGAGAUACCAGCCUCAUUCCUAACAUCCUGUGGUUUGAAUACACAGUCACGAGAGCAGAAGCAAGGAACAGACAGCGCAAGCUGGGUACGAAGCUCCAGUGACGGCAGCGUGGGGACCAGGGCGUGUUUGAACAGAGACAGACAAGAGCAGAGACCUGGGAGCAGCAAGGAGCCUUUUAUCAGACGGACCAAAGGAACAGGCAGGGACCAUACCCAAAACCUGAAAGCCUUUGCUCUGCUUUAGCAGCUAAGCUGGAUGCUCCCUGAUGCAUGUGGGACCGUGCAGGAGUAGAAACUCAUUUUGAACACAGAUGCACAUGGUUGGAUGUACCAUCGUGUCUACGUCAGGGGAGGGGG